AUGCUUCUAUUCCACCACCCGGUCUCCGCGGCUGCUUCUUUUCCUAGUCUCCCGGAGACUUGCUCGACAUAUAAAAACCCCCCAUCUCCCUACCAUCCUAUAUCGUCCUCAUUCCUUCCCCCAUGGCUCACCCCUUUGCUCCAAAACUCAGUCGCCAAGCCUUGCAGAGCUGCCUCUUCUGCAACAAACCGACCACCGAUAUGGUCAGGCACGUAUCCUGUGCACAACGAAGACCCUCAAUUAACUUUCAACUUGCUUGGUAUUCUUGUCGUUGCAAGACAGAUACAUUCCAAAGGCUAUCAGUGCCCAUUCGUCAAAUGCUCGUUCACGGGGCUGCCUGCGGCCCUAUACCUGCAUUUGAUUGGCCAUAUUACUAUAACUGCACAACCCCUGCCUAUCUCUCACUCGCCUUCAGAUUCAGCAGAAUCAUCCACUUUUGGCUGUAGCACCCCGUCCCAGGGCAAUUACCGAGUGGGCUUAGCCACCCCAUUCUCACAGUUGCCCGGCGAGCCUCCCAGCAAGAAACGUAGAAUCGAGCCUCCCUCUUCACCCACACCCGACACCACUUCAUCCAAUCCCAAGACCAUCCCCAUGGAACGCGAGCUGAAACUGCAAGAGAAUCAGCGACAUUCGGACCUCCGUUACUGCGAUCUGAUCGACAUGGCUAACUACAAGAGCGUGUUCCGCAAGGCCAUGCGCAAAGCCGUGAACAAAAGCAUACUGUGCUUCUCCUGUUGCGGCUGCAUGACCUUUCACCAUCCUGUGGAACGUCAUUGCGACAGCGAGGCUCUCCAGGACAUCUGGAUCGGGAUCCCGUAUCUCAUCUUCUGCAUCCCAGCGCUGCAACGUGUGGUAUUUGGACUGCUUGGCAAGCACAACUACCACACCGUUGUUCAGAACAUCGACUCCUUCGUCCUCUGGCUCUUCAAGGCAUCGCCUCUCAUGGCCCUCCCCACCAGAGCUACCCCGAACCUCUUUGACCUGUUGAUUGCUUUUGCAUCAUCCGUUCCAGAGUUAACGGAGAUCGACUGGGUGGAUACGCUGGCCGAAGCAAACAAGAGGAUGGCGGACUUGUAG